AUGGCACUCCCCCAACCAAAUGGAGAUUGGGCGGAGGUCCGACGGAAGAAAAAUAACAACAGAACCCAGGUGAGCAAAAAUGACAUUACUGACUUCUACGUGGCGGGAUUCCCUGAUGGAACAAGAAAGGAGGAGUUACGGAAACCAUUCGAUAGAUUUGGGAAGGUAGUGGAUGUGUACUUUGGCCUGAAAAAAGAUUACCACAAGAAGAAUUUUGCAUUCGUCAGGUAUGUCAACAUCGCAGAUGCCAAGGAAUUGGAGAACAAACUACAAGUUACCAGAUGUAAGAAUACGGUAAUGGAAGUCAACAUCUCAAAGCAUCAACAUAAAACCACACUACGUCGAUCCCAUGAAUCUCGUCAACAGCCCACAAAUAGGUAG